CCCCCCAGCUUGGACAUGUCGGUGGUGGAGCUUUACACCAAGUAUACAAGGGUUUGGAUUCCUGACCCAGAGGAAGUGUGGAAAUCAGCGGAAAUCAUCAGAGAUUACAAAGAGGGAGAUAGAACUCUGCACCUGAAGCUUGAAGAUGAUACGGUCCUGGAAUAUCCUAUUAACCCUCAAGCCAACGAGCUCCCCUUCUUGCGCAAUCCAGAUAUUUUGGUUGGAGAAAAUGACCUGACAGCAUUAAGUUAUCUCCACGAACCUGCCGUCUUGCAUAACUUGAAAGUCCGAUUCUUGGAAUCAAACCAUAUCUACACCUACUGUGGUAUUGUGCUUGUUGCCAUUAAUCCCUAUGAACAAUUGCCAAUCUAUGGACAAGAUGUCAUUUAUGCCUACAGUGGCCAAAACAUGGGAGAUAUGGAUCCUCAUAUCUUCGCUGUGGCAGAAGAAGCCUACAAGCAGAUGGCCAGGGACGAAAAGAACCAGUCCAUUAUUGUUAGCGGGGAGUCCGGUGCCGGGAAGACGGUGUCUGCCAAAUACGCCAUGCGGUUCUUUGCGUCUGUCGGUGGCUCUUCCAGCGAAACCAAUAUCGAAGAGAAGGUCUUGGCUUCCAGUCCCAUCAUGGAGUCAAUUGGCAAUGCUAAGACAACUAGGAACGACAACAGCAGCCGCUUUGGGAAAUACAUUCAGAUUGGCUUUGAUAAAAGGUAUCAUAUCAUCGGCGCCAACAUGAGGACGUACCUGCUGGAGAAGUCAAGAGUUGUAUUCCAGGCGGAAGACGAGCGGAACUACCACAUCUUCUAUCAGCUCUGUGCCUCUGCUGCUCUUCCGGAAUUUAAAGAUCUCGCACUGACUUCUGCAGAAGACUUUUUCUACACAGCUCAGGGAGGAGAUACCUCCAUUGACGGAGUGGAUGAUGCCAGUGACUUUGAAAAGACGAGGCAAGCUUUCACGCUGCUCGGCGUGAAGGAAUCCCAUCAGAUGACCAUUUUUAAGAUACUCGCCGCCAUCUUGCACCUGGGAAACUUGGACUUUCAUGCGGAACGUGACGGGGAGUCCAGCACAAUAUCGAAACAGGAUGAACACCUGCGUAAUUUUUGCAGAUUGCUGGGGGUGGAGCACAGCCAAAUGGAGCACUGGCUCUGCCAUCGGAAGCUGGUCACCACUUCGGAGACCUACGUCAAGCCCAUGUCGGUCCAGCAGGUGGUGAAUGCCAGGAACGCCCUGGCCAAACACAUUUACGCCCAGCUGUUCAACUGGAUCGUACAGCAUGUCAACAAGGCCCUCUACACGACUGUCAAGCAACACUCCUUCAUCGGCGUGCUGGACAUUUAUGGAUUCGAAACCUUCGAAGUCAACAGUUUUGAACAAUUCUGCAUCAACUACGCCAAUGAAAAACUCCAGCAGCAGUUCAACUUGCAUGUGUUUAAAUUGGAGCAAGAGGAGUACAUGAAGGAACAAAUCCCCUGGACCCUCAUCGACUUUUAUGACAACCAGCCAUGCAUAGAUCUCAUAGAAGCUAAGCUGGGUAUCUUUGACUUGCUGGAUGAAGAAUGUAAGGUCCCAAAGGGAACAGACGAGAACUGGGCACAGAAACUAUACGAUCGGCAUGGGGGCGGCCAGCACUUCCAAAAGCCUCGCAUGUCAAACACCUCCUUCAUCGUUGUGCAUUUUGCGGAUAAGGUGGAAUACCAGUGCGAAGGAUUUCUGGAGAAAAACAGAGACACCGUGUAUGAAGAACAGAUCAAUAUCCUGAAAGCCAGCAAGUACCCGAUGGUGGCCGACUUGUUCCACGACGGGAAGGAUGCAAAGGCAGGGGCCCCAGGCGGGAAGGCACCUUCCUCGAAGGUCAACAUUCGCUCCGCCCGCCCGACUGUGAAAGCUGCCAACAAGGAGCAUAAGAAGACGGUGGGGCACCAGUUCCGUAACUCCUUGCAUCUGCUCAUGGAGACCCUGAAUGCCACUACUCCACAUUACGUACGGUGCAUCAAGCCCAAUGAUGAGAAACUUCCCUUCAGCUUUGACCCAAAGAGAGCGGUGCAGCAGCUGAGAGCCUGUGGGGUGCUGGAGACGAUUCGCAUCAGUGCAGCCGGCUACCCAUCCAGGUGGACCUACCAUGACUUCUUCAACAGGUACCGAGUCCUGAUGAAGAAAAGGGAUCUCUCCAAAAAGGCAGACAAGAAGGCAAUUUGCAAAACGGUGUUGGAGAACCUGAUUAAGGAUCCCGACAAGUUCCAGUUUGGGCGCACCAAGAUCUUCUUCCGCGCAGGCCAGGUGGCCUACCUGGAGAAACUGCGGGCAGACAAGUUCCGCAGCGCUACCAUCAUGAUACAGAAGACCGUGCGGGGCUGGCUGCAGAAGCUGAAGUACAGGAGGAUGAGGAAGGCAGCCAUCCACAUCCAGAGGCACACCCGAGGGCACCUGGCCCGCAGAUUGGCUGACCGUCUGAGGAAAACAAAAGCAGCCAUUGUUCUCCAGAAACAAUAUCGAAUGUUGAGGAUCCGCCGAGCGUACCAGAUGAUCCGCGGAGCCGCUAUCACGAUCCAGGCUUUCACCCGAGGAAUGUUCGUCCGAAGGACCUUUCAAAAGGUGCUCGCGGAGCACAAAGCCACCAUCAUCCAGAAGAAUGUCCGGGCCUGGCUGGCUAGGAAGCAUUUCCUCCAGUUCAGAAGCGCCGCUGUGGUCAUCCAGUGUUACUUCCGGCGCAUGAAGGCCAGGCAAGAGCUGAAGGCCCUGAAGAUCGAGGCCCGGUCGGCAGAGCACUUGAAGAGGCUCAACGUCGGCAUGGAGAACAAGGUGGUUCAGCUGCAGAGGAAGAUAGAUGAACAGAACAAAGAAUACAAACUCCUGAACGAGCAGCUCUCCACAACUGCCUCUACCUACUCCUCGGAGUUAGAGAAGCUGAAGAAGGAACUGGAACGAUACCGACGGAAGAGCGGAGAUGGGAACCAGAUUGCCAUCUUGCAAGAAGAGAUUGACACCCUCCGGUUGGCCCUGGAGAAAGCUCACGGUGAAAGGAAGAUUGUGGAAGACACUUACAUGAAGGAAAAAGACGUGCUCCAAAAGCGGAUAUCAGACUUGGAAGAAGAGAACAUGUUACUGAAGGAGGAAAAAGAAGCACUCAACAACACAAUCCUGAGUCACUCAGAAGACGAAUUUGCCCAAAAUGCCGCUGAAGAAAAUGCCUCGAUGAAGAAAGAGCUAGAAGAGGAGAGAUUCCGGUACCAGAACUUUUUGAAGGAAUAUUCGCGGCUAGAGCAAAGAUAUGACAACUUGCGGGACGAGAUGACUAUCAUAAAGCAAACCCCCGGGCACAGAAGAAACCCAUCUAACCAAAGCAGCCUUGAAUCAGACUCCAACUACCCAUCAAUUUCUACAUCUGAGGUUGGGGACACAGAAGAUGCCAUCCAGCAAGUGGAGGAGGUUGGUUUGGAGAAAGCCGCCAUGGACAUGACCCUCUUCCUGAAGCUGCAGAAGAGAGUGAGGGAACUCGAGCAGGAGAGGAGGAAACUGCAGACCCAGCUGGAGAAGAAAGAGAAUGAGAACAAGAAAUCCCAGGUAAUUGAAACGAAGAACGAAAUGGAUUUGGACCACGAUACAGAUCUCGCGUACAACAGUCUGAAGAGGCAAGAGCUGGAAUCUGAGAACAAGAAACUGAAAAACGAGCUUAACGAAUUGAGGAAGGCUAUAGUGGACCGGGUGGCCCAGAACAAUUCCUCCAACGACAUCCGGGACAGUUACAGCCUGCUCCUGAAUCAGCUCAAGUCAGCCAACGAAGAGCUGGAAGUGCGGAAGGAAGAGGUGCUUAUUCUAAGGACGCAGAUUAUAAAGGCAGCUCAGCAAAAAGAUACGGGCAGAAAUAUGGAGUCAAACAUCAGCAUUCAAACCAGCUGGCCAAACAGUGAUAAGAACGUGGACCCUGAGGAUGCGAUCGAAGCUUAUCACGGAGUGUGUCAGACAAACCGCAAGACUGAGGACUGGGGGUAUCUGAACGAAGACGGAGAACUCGGCCUGGCCUACCAGGGCCUAAAGCAAGUUGCCAGGCUUCUGGAGGCGCAGCUUCAAGACCAGCGAAGGGAGCAUGAGGAGGAGGUAGAAGCCUUGAAGGACCAAAUCGAGGCCUUGAGGGAAGAGAUGGAGAAGCAGCAGGACAUCUUCUACCAGACACUUCAGCUCUCUCCGGAAGCCCAGGUGGAGUUCGGCAUACAGCAAGAAAUCACAAGGCUGACCAACGAAAACCUGGAUCUGAAAGAGCUGCUAGAAAAACUGGAAAAGAAUGAAAGGAAACUGAAGAAACAACUCAAGAUCUACAUGAAGAGAGUUCAAGAUUUCGAAGCCAAUCCAGUCAGCGUUCAAACUGAAAAGCCGGAGCCUGAACUCACCAGGCAAGUUGCUGUCCAAAGGAAGGAGAAAGAGUUCCAGGGGAUGCUGGAGUACUACAAAGAAGAUGAGCCACUUCUCAUCCGAAAUCUCAUUACAGAACUGAAGCCCCAGACGGUCUCUGCCACGGUGCCCUGUCUUCCGGCCUAUAUCCUCUUCAUGUGCAUCAGGCACGCCGACUACAUCAACGACGAUCACAAAGUGCACUCCUUGCUUACCUCAACCAUCAACGGCAUCAAAAAAGUAUUAAAGAAGCACAACGAUGACUUCGAGAUGACAUCGUUUUGGCUGUCCAACGCCUGCCGCCUACUGCACUGUCUGAAGCAAUACAGUGGAGAUUCGGGCUUUAUGACCCAAAACACCUCCAAGCAGAACGAACACUGUCUGAUGAACUUCGAUCUCACUGAGUAUCGCCAAGUCCUCAGCGAUCUCUCCAUUCAGAUCUACCAGCAACUCAUUAAGAUCGCAGAAGGCGUCUUGCAGCCCAUGAUAGUGACGGCGGUGUUGGAAAACGAGAGCAUCCAAGGCUUGUCAGGAGUGAAGCCGAUGGGCUACCGGAAACGGUCCUCCAGCAUGGAGGAACACACGUACAGCUUGGAAGAGAUCGUCCGGCAGCUGAACACGUUCCAUGCCGUCAUGCGUGACCAGGGCCUUGACCCGGAGAUCAUCCAGCAGGUCUUCAAGCAGCUCUUCUACAUGAUCAACGCCGUGGCCUUGAACAACUUGCUGUUGAGGAAGGACGUCUGUUCGUGGAGCACAGGGAUGCAACUCAGGUUCAACAUCAGCCAGCUAGAAGAAUGGCUGCGAGGGAAGAACCUCCAGCAGAGCGGGGCUGCGGAGACCAUGGAGCCCCUCAUCCAGGCAGCCCAGCUCUUGCAGCUGAAAAAGAAAACCUCCGAAGACGCGGAGGCCAUCUGUUCCCUCUGCACGGCCCUCACUACGCAACAGAUUGUAAAAAUACUGAAUCUCUACACUCCCGUGAAUGAGUUUGAAGAGCGAGUGACGGUCGGCUUCAUAAGAAACAUUCAGGCACAUUUGCAGGAACGGAGCGACCCCCCGCAGCUGCUGUUAGACUUCAAGUACAUGUUCCCCGUCCUGUUCCCAUUCAGCCCUUCUUCUCUAACCAUGGACUCGAUCCACAUCCCUGCUUCUCUCAACUUGGAGUUCCUCAAUAAAGUGUGAAGAGGAUUUAUCUUGACUCCCCAGCCCCCUUCCCCCAAGAUUACAAGCAAAAAAAAGAAGUGGAAUCUAAGGAUCUCUGCGUGUGUGGGACCAAGCAAAUUAUUCAAGAGAACCAAUACAUUUAAUUUAUCCAUGCUAAACUGUACAGCAUCAAAAGCAAUCUUGUAUUUCGGUUGGAUGCUUUUUUUUUAUUUGUAUGGUAUUUUUUGAGGGGGGUUCGAUCUUGCAGCUUCGGAACACUUGAAAAGAUGGGCUUUUUUCUACGACUUGAUAGCGUUCUAAAAAAUAAUGUUUCCCAGCUACCGUUUAAGGUGCCGGCUUUGGCAAGCCGGAAAUCCUAUUUUUGAUUUUCGUACAAUCUCUUGAUUGUGGAUAUCUUUCGGGAAAUAUCAGAAAGGAAGCCUAAACGACCACGGGUUUUGCACAUAUCAGAGGCACGCUCCGCAGUAGCUGCUGUUCUACGUUGUUCAGUUCUUUUUAUGACAAUUGGUUCAGGAAAAUAAAAGCUGCAGUAGGGAGAAUAAAUACACGUUUUCUAGCUUAAA